AUGCUCUCAUCAGUACUCGUGACGCUCGCCAGCCUGGCGACGCUGGUCUCUGCGCACACAGUCAUGACCAUCCCAGGCUGGAGAGGAGACAAUCUCAUCACAAACGAUUCGUUCCCCUACGGAAUGCAAUGGAUGUAUCCAUGCGGCGGCAUGCACACCACGACCAACCGCACAUACUGGCCCGUGAGCGGCGGCAGCGUUGCCUUCCAGCCUGGCUGGUUUCAAGGACACAUGACAGCAUUCAUUUACGUGAACCUGGGCUUUGGCACUGAUGGUCCGGAUGGCGGUCCCAAGAACAUGUCGAACUCGAUGGUGUCGCCGUUCCAGAUCCUCGGUCCCUCGAAGAAUCCUUACCCCGGUACCGUGUGUCUGCCGCAAGUCCCGCUGCCGGCCGGGGCCAACGUCAACAUUGGCGACAAUGCAACGAUUCAAGUUGUCGAAUUGGCAGUGCACGGCGCAGCCUUGUACUCGUGUGUUGAUAUCACCUUUGUGGACGAUAACGACCCGCGUCUGAUGGAAAUCAACGAGACCAACUGCUUCAACAGCACCGAUAUUGGCUUCGCCGACCUCUACACAAUCACCACGAAGGAGUCGGGCCAGGACGGCAACGUGACGAGCGGAGCCGAGUCGACCAUGUUCUUCCGCAGGUACAACUCUGGCUCAUCCUGGCUGUACGCCACUUGGCUGCCGGUGUUCCUCGGAAGCCUGUGGGUGUUGCUGUGA